GUCAAGGAAAACUGAAUGAAAAAAGUUUAUAAUUUCACUUUCCUAAGUUUCUUGAGUUCAUUAAACUUAGAUUUUAUUACUUGUUUUCUUUAAUGCGCUAGUUAAAACAUACCUAAUGUAGUUACAAGUAAUAUAAAUCUCAAUCGGGCAUUUUCAUCAGCGAAUAUCAGAAUUGUUUGUUAAGAACCGCAAUAUCUCCCGUUAGCUACCACGUCAGUUGUUUUUAUGUGCUAGAACAUUAGAAAACUGUUUUUAUGAAGAUGGGGCGAGCCAAAGGGUAUCAGGACCUGGACGACAGUGGGGUAGGGCCCCGGGGGCCGAACGUGGCGUCGCCUCCGAUGCCUCCACCACAGGAGAUUGAAAUGGCAUCUGUGUCUGUGGUGCCUGAUGACACAUUCACCGUGACUCAAGCAGUAAAUGCGUUGGGAUUCGGCUGGUUCCAAGUUAAACUGUCGCUAUGUACCGGGCUGUGCUGGAUGGCAGACUCCAUGGAAAUGACGAUACUCAGUAUCCUGUCACCAGCCUUGCACUGUGAAUGGAAUAUAAGCAAGUACCAGCAGGCUUUGACCACCACUAUUGUAUUCUUGGGAAUGAUGCUCAGUUCUACAUUCUGGGGAAACAUAAGUGACAGAUAUGGAAGGAAAACUGCCCUAAGUAUGUGUGGAGUGUUACUGUUCUACUACGGGCUACUGAGUUCCAUAGCACCAAACUUCUUGUGGCUACUGUUCCUGAGAGGUCUGGUUGGAUUCGCCAUAGGUUGCGUUCCACAGUCAGUAACGUUGUACGCAGAAUUUUUGCCGACAAAACAGAGAGCAAAGUGUGUCGUCUUGCUUGAUUGUUUCUGGGCCCUCGGCGCGUGUUUGGAGGUGGCGCUUGCGCUGGUCGUGAUGCCUACGCUCGGAGUACACUGGCUACUGGCUCUCUCUACCAUCCCGCUGCUCAUGUUUGCUCUUAUUUGCCCUUGGCUACCAGAGUCAGCGAGGUUUCAUGUCGCCAGCGGACAGCCAGACAAGGCGCUAGCUACUCUCGAACAGAUAGCACAAGACAAUGGGCGCCCCAUGCUGCUAGGUCGGCUGGUGUGCGACGAUUCUGUCGGCAUCGGACAACGCGGUCGACUGAAGCAUCUGCUUAUACCGCACCUGAGGAACACCAGCCUACUGCUUUGGUUCAUCUGGAUGUCAUGUGCGUUUUGCUACUACGGCCUAGUGCUGAUGACGACGGAGCUGUUCGAGACAGAAGCCGGCGGCGGCGGCGGCACCGGCGACUCCUGCGCAGCCGACUGCCGUCCGCUGCAGACUACCGACUACAUGGACCUGCUGUGGACCACCCUUGCAGAGUUCCCCGGGAUAUUCGCAACUAUAUUCAUUAUUGAGAAGUUUGGACGAAAGAAGACUAUGGCUUCUCAAUUCGUCAUCUUCGCUGUCUGCAUCUGUGUCCUAAUCUAUAACGGAAAUCGAACGUUCCUCACUUGCGUGCUGUUUUUGGCUCGAGGCAUCAUCGCUGGUCUGUUCCAGGCUGCGUAUGUUUACACGCCAGAGGUGUACCCGACAGCGCUGCGGUCGACGGCGGUCGGCGCGUGCAGCGGCGUGGCCCGUCUCGGCGCCAUGAUUACACCAUACGUCGCUCAGGUGCUGUUAAAGAACUCGAUAGCAAUAGCAACAGGAGUGUACUCGUUAGCAGCAGUCCUAGCAGCCAUCGCCUGUCUCGCCUUGCCCAUAGAGACCAAAGGGAGAGAGAUGCGUGACUCUGUCACCGCGACCAAUUAGUACGUAAACAGCGGACAACGGUGCCUAUCCGAGAGGUACAACAUCUCUGUCGUUACUUACAUUAGUAACGAACUUACUGCUGCGCUUUAGCGCACUUUCAGUUUUUUUUUUUUCGAACAAAUAGGACUUGAACAUCGAGCUUGAACUGUAUUUUAUAUCGAGUUAAAAUAAGCCCUAAUUCCUGCAGACUCCUCCUAAUUCUAUUCUAUGUUAUUCUUUCUUAUCCGCCGAAAAGAAAAAAGACGGAUGAUUGACAGUAUUAAUAAAAUGAAUGAGUGAAUGAGAAUCAAAUAGGCAUCUCUUUGGUGUGCAACUCGUUUGACGUGCACUGUCAAUUUAUAUCUUAA